AUGCUCAGCUGGAUCGUACUGCUCACGUCUAUCUGCUUCGGUCAUGCUGCAAGAAAUCACUGGAACAGCUGCUACCAGAUGGGCCGAUGUCUGACUCUCUGCUCGGGCUACUCCUUAGGAUUUCCCUAUCACAUCAGAUCCUCGGCAGAGCUCAACUUGCAAAGAUUGACUUACUGGCUUGACGGUGAACAGCCUGAACUGCAGUCAGAUCCGGCCAAUAUGAAAAGCCCAGUCGUCAACUUUCAGUACGAGCGUAGGCCGGGUACGGCCCCAGAAGUCUCAUGGAACAUUCACGGCGGGUUUCCUAUUCCCAGUCCUGAAUACGAUCCUUCUAUUGUUGGCGCAAAUCCUGCCAUUCAAGGCGUCCUGGCUGCUUGCUGCAGGCCGAUGCUUUACUUUGACGCUCACCUUACCUAUCCUGAUCCUGCAUCCCGCGGCUUGACUGUUACCGACAAGCGGAUGCUUCUGACGUGCAACUACGAACCCGGCAAGAUGGUCGGACGUGAUGUGCCCAUCCAUGGCGUUGACGAAGAUUUGCUGACUUGCGAUGGUACACAUCGGUUUGCUACCAAAGUCAAUGCAUGUGCACAACAUGCAAAGACGCGUUCCGGCGAUUUGCCCUUAUGCAAGCUCACUGUGACUCGUGCCGAUCAGGCAGAUCCAUUUGUGGGCGCCAUGUUGUCUCACUCGCUCAGUGUCUUCACCUGA